AGUGAAAUGUCGCUCCAAUUUUGCGGAUUGCGCUGGAAUAUUGUGUACAAAUGUUUAUUCAAGGUAUUCAAGGGACUGCAAUCGUGUUUUCCCUUCCCAUGUAAUUUACGCUAUACCUGAGUUUCUGUCGGGGCAUAAUGCUGUUAAGUACCCCAAUGUGCACAGAGACUGGGGGUUGGGUGGCUGUGCCGAUUGGUCGCUCACCAGCACAGUCAGUCAGGGCUUGUUUUAACAUAACCAGGGGCAUUCGGCAGCAGGCAAACAAUCAUGUAUUCAAAAUGAAUCUUGGGCUGAUUGAAGCUUGCGUGAAGGACAUUUACUUUUGCAACAUAUAGCCUAGACACUUCGCUGAAAUGAAAGGCAUCUCGAGAAUUUUGUCACUGGAUGACUUUUUAUUUUUGAAGGGACCGCCGCCGAUGAGGCGAUAGAGGGGAAAGAAUGAGUGCUGAGCCUGGGCCUACGAGUUGGUGCUGGGAUUUUGCAGGAUGGAGUCAUGACAACAUGAAUCAGUCCUGUAAAGUGGCAGUGAGGGAUGGCUCUCCCCGUCAUUCCACCCCACAGGAACACUUCAAGAGCGGGGCAGGCCGCUCACCUGCCGUACUGUCGAAGCCUGCCUUCAAGCAGACAUCGUCGUACAAUCAGCAGAAGAACUCUUCCUCCUGCUACAGUCCUCUGAGACGCCUCCAGGACCUCACCACCAUGGUGAACAGACCCGACCUGGGUUUGCAGGAAAAGGACUUCCAUGGCCGCAAUCACUUGCACAGGCACAGUCCCUUGGGUGCCACUGAUUUUGGGAGCGGACUUGUUCAUACGCCCCUGUCUCCCAGUAACAGUGACACAAACCCACGGGAGUUGGAUAAGAAUGGUUUUUCCCCUCUAAGUACGGACAGCUUAGAGCACUCUCCCCCUAUUCCAAAUGGCUACUUGCAUUUUGAGUCUACCUUAUUUGACAGCAAGGACGAGGACGAAGAUGAGGACGACGACGAUGAUGAUGAUGACGAUGAUGAUGAAGAGGAGGAUGAGGAUUAUGAACAAGGCAACUGUGAAGUUGACAUGGCGUCGCUGUCAAACAAAUGUAAAAAAAGAGAUUUCCCGGAAGUUUGCUAUAGCUCAAGCACAUACAAACACGAACCUGUUGUUUCAAGUCUGGUUCCUAAAAACAUACCUGAACCAGACCCUGCCAUAAUGUCCCAUGGCCUUGAUGAAGUCAACAUGGUGGAUCUGGACAGUAUGGAUGAGUUCUCUGACAGUGACUGUGACCUUCCCAGUACGGAGAACAUGGCCUCCUUCGGCUAUGGGUCCUCUCAGUUCUCUCCCAAUGGUUCCCAUUCAAACUCAAGUAGUCCAAAGAAGAAGCCUCUACCUGGAAUAAAGUAUUGUGUGGGAGAUGUUGUUUGGGCCAAGUUCAACCGGAGACCCUGGUGGCCCUGCCAAGUGACCUGUGACUCACCAAAUGGAAUUCACACACGGAUGAAAGAACCUAGCCGGAGGCCCUGCCGGCUGUAUUUCCUCAAGACUUUUGGAGAGGUUGUGGACAGGGCCUGGGUCCCUGGAAAAGCCACGUAUCUCUUUGAGGGGGGGCAUCAGUUUGAGAAUCUGCCAGUGCUCAGACGAAGAGGGAGGCAGAAGGAGAAAGACUACAAAUACACGAUACCCAAACGCCUAAUGGAUUCGUGGAAAGCCAGUGUGAAGGAGGCAGAGGCCCACCGUCCGAUGGUGCCCAAGAACGGCCUCUCCGUGCCCUCCGCCUGGGAGAGGGACACCCCCACACCUGUGGCCGAUGAGAAGGUGUCGGACUCGCCCGGCUGUUCUUCUGUGUUCCCCGCAGCCUCCCCUCGGAGCCCCCUGUUCUCGAAUGGAAAUGACCAACCCAUGAAGAGCCCACCCCUGACAAAAGAAAGCAGCAGAAAGAAACCUCCCAGUAAAAGAAAGACUGCCGUGUUAAAUAAGACCAUUAGCAACGUCAGGGAAAUGCCGAAAAUGUCGCUGAGCUCCACAGAGGACAAAGCAGAGGUUUUUGAUAAUCCCACGGUGUCAGAUCAACCCAAGAAAGAUACCAGAGACUGCUAUUUUGAUAUCGAUACAGUGCCCAGGAUUCUAUGCCCCAAACGCCCAGAGGAGGAGCAGAAGGCGGCCGAGAAGGUUCUGGGGAAAGACGUUAAGCCGGUGGCCCCUUUAGUGAAAAAGACGGGCAAAGAAAGACGGGAGAGGAAUUCUAAGAGUAUAUCAUCCGUUGUCGCAGACCUGGCCAUCAAGCAGCUGGCCAACAAGGAGAAAGCGGCAAACUUGGCUCUCCAAAAGAAAAAGGGUAGCAAUGCAUCCGGCUCUCCAGACUACGUGGUGGACUUGCAUUCUCAUCACCUCCCAGCCAGUAGCGGCCUGAUGACUCGAGCGCUUAAAGCCAGCGAGGAGACGGAGGAGGCGCAGUCUGUUAAAGACGAGGAGGGCCUCUCGCCCCAUCGGGACUUGGCGGACAUCUUGGAGAGGCGCUGGCAGUCCAAACUGGUGCCCGACGCUGAGUCCGAUUCGGCUCGUUUGACCUUUUCUCCGCCCGAGCGUAGUCCUCCGACCUCCCCGUUCCGCAAGUCCGCGAGCGGCAAGCCAGACAAGAACCACGUCUGCAAUGGAGCUCUGCUAAAGACAGAUGACGUUACCAAAGCCUCCGCCGACCAUCCUUCUGCGGCUUCAGUUCAAGUCAAGCAGGAGAGCGUAAUAUCAGACAUAUCCUCCACCUCCUUCCCAUCUCCGUGUGCGUCACCCUUGGAGUCCCCGCAGGACGGCAAAGAUCUUUCCACCAAGUCCAAAGUGAAAGAAGAGGGCGACUCGGGCAAGGCUUCGGGUCGGCCCGACUCCAGUUACCACUUCAGCACCUACCUAAUGCUACUGAAGGACCUGCACGACACCAGAGAAAAGGAGGGAAACCCUCUCACCGUGCCACCCCCUCCCUCGUCCACACUUAUCAAGGAGGAGCCGUCCCUCAUCCCCGGGGCAUCGGGAGAGGAACAGCCAGAGGGCAAACUUGUCGAGAAGGACUCCUCGCACGGGACCAAAGCGCAUAACGGCAAGCGCGGGAAAUCGCCAGUGUCGAAGACCCCUCAUGUCAGACCCAGCAAGACAAAGUCUAAGGCCAACACGAAAAAAGACGCGCAGAAAAAUGAAGGAAAGAAUGUUCCGGCGUCCCAAACAGCACUCUUUAGCAAAACACUGAACACGCAGCAGCAGAAGCAGAAGCAGCACGGGUCGGCAGAUUUGGAUGCACUUGAAACGGGAGUGCCGCCCACGGAAGACCUCUCCAGUUCCUACACUUUCACCAAAUUCGCUCCCAAGAAGCGAUGGCAGACCUUCGAAUCGAAUGCCGGGGAUGGUGCCAAACUGAAGGAGGGUGAACGGGGUCUUUCGGCACAGCAGAACUCGGCGAAGGUGCCCUUAGAAUUUAAUGGACUCUUCAAAGAUGGUAACCAUGGCAACCAAGACACAGACGUGGGUGAAAAGAAAGAAGGCUCAGAAAACAAGAGGCUUCGAAAACCAAGUAAAAGACUUCUGGAGUGGAAUGAGGAGUAUGAGCAGAUUUUCUGCCCAAAGAAGAAAACAAAGAAAACCUCAGAGACAAUCAAAAUGGGAAUGGGGCCAAGCGACUCAAGCGGAGGGUCACCGGGAGAGGUGACACCCCAUUACCUGCGGUCAAUAGGAGACAAACAGAUGUCCCCGGAUGGGGAGCAGUCUAAGACGUCCUCUCCAUCUGAACAAUACGAUCGUCCUCCUCGUCUUCAACCUCAUCAUCAUCAUCAUCACCAGCAGCUGGAGGGAACUGUCUCUGGUCUAGACUCCUCAAGCCCUCCCCAGGAGGCUCCUUCAUUGGGGAUAGGAGGAGAAGAUGCCCUGGGACACACAGAGUCAUCUUUCUCAGAACGAAAGAGACCAAGGAAGCCCUCUCACAGAGUUCUAGAAUGUGUCAUUGAGGAGGAUUCCAACAGAAACCUGAAGAAGAAGAGGCCUAUGAAGAAAGAACUACCAUCACCCACUCUGCCAAGUCCCUCUCCCUCCACAUCAGUGUGUCCACCGUCAGAGAGUGAGGCAUCCAACGACGCGAGGGCCACAGCCUCACCUGUCCAGCGGCAGACCCCACCGGCCCCGCUCAGUGUUAAAGAAGGAGAGGACGGAAGCCCAGAUAGGACAAAAGAGGAAGCCGAGCCGUGUGUUAACGGAGACGAGCCUCCACAGUUAGAGCCCAUUGGCUCUUGUCAUGACGGACACCUCCCUUCAACCCAUGAUCUGCUGCCCAGUGACAUGGGUCUGUGCAGUAAGAAGCCUCAAAUGGAGAAAGGGGGUGCAGCCUCACUGAAGGAGAAUGUGUGUCAGGUGUGUGAGAAGACCGGGGAGCUACUCCUGUGUGAGGGGCAGUGCUGUGGUGCUUUCCAUCUGCAGUGCAUCGGCCUCACCGUAACCCCGAAAGGAAAGUUCGUCUGCAAGGAGUGUACCACAGGUGUGCACACCUGCUUCGUGUGCAAGAUGCCGGGGCGCGAUGUGAAGCGCUGCAUGAUCCCGGUGUGUGGGAAGUUCUACCACAUGGACUGCAUCCUGAAGUACAGCCCCACCGUGCCCCAGAUCCGCGGCUUCCGCUGCUCGCUGCACGUCUGCCUGGCCUGCUACAUCGCCAACCCCGCCAACCCCAGCAGCUCCAAAGGUCGUCUGACCCGCUGCGUCCGCUGUCCCGUUGCGUACCAUGCCAACGACUACUGCAUGGCCGCAGGCUGCGUCCCCCUGGCCAAUAACAGCUUCCUGUGCCCAAACCACUUCAACCCACGCAAGGGCUGCCGUAACCACGAGCACAUCAACGUCAGCUGGUGCUUUGUGUGCUCCGAGGGAGGGAGUCUGCUGUGUUGUGAGUCGUGUCCUGCUGCUUUCCACCGUGAGUGUCUGAACAUCGACAUGCCGAAGGGGAGCUGGUUCUGCAACGACUGCCGGGCAGGGAAGAAGCCCCACUUCAAGGACAUCCUGUGGGUCAAAGUGGGUCGGUACAGAUGGUGGCCAGCAGAGGUCAGUCAACCUCGGAUGGUUCCGGAAAACAUUCUGCGUAUGAAGCACGAGGUGGGCGAGUUUCCUGUGCAUUUCUUCGGUUCCAAGGAUUACGUGUGGACGUACCAGGCCCGGGUGUUCCCUUACAUGGAGGGAGAUGCCAACAACAAGGAGAAGAUGGGGAAGGGUGCAGAUGCCAUCUACAAGAAAGCUUUGCAGGAGGCCGCCGAGAGGUUCCGCGCAUUGCAGGCGGAGAAAGAGAUGAGACAGCUGCAGGAGGACCGGAGGAAUGACAAGAAACCGCCUCCCUACAGACACAUAAAGGUUAACAGGCCCAUAGGUAAGGUCCAGAUCAUCACUGCCGACCUUUCCGAGAUCCCCCGCUGCAACUGCAAGGCCACAGAUGAGAACCCAUGCGGCAUCGACUCGGAGUGCAUCAACCGCAUGCUGAUGUACGAGUGCCACCCGCAGGUGUGCGCGGCCGGCGAGCGCUGCCUAAACCAGAGCUUCACUAAGCGUCAGUACUGCAACGUGGAGAUCUUCCGGACGCUCUCCCGCGGAUGGGGCCUGCGGAGCAUGUUCGACAUCAAGAAGGGGGCCUUUGUGAGCGAGUACGUGGGCGAAGUGAUAGACGAGGAGGAAUGCCGAGCCAGGAUCAAACACGCUCAAGACAGUGACAUCUGCAACUUCUACAUGCUCACGCUGGACAAGGACCGGAUCAUUGAUGCUGGACCUAAGGGGAACCAGGCCCGCUUCAUGAACCACUGCUGCCAGCCCAACUGUGAGACACAGAAGUGGACUGUGAACGGGGACACCAGAGUGGGCCUUUUUGCCUUAGAAGACGUCCCUAAAUGUGUGGAACUCACCUUCAACUACAACCUUGAGUGUCUGGGGAAUGGGAAGACUGUUUGCAAAUGUGGAGCUCCAAACUGCAGUGGCUUUUUGGGAGUUCGACCAAAGAACCAGCUCUCCACGCAGGACAAAGGUCUUAAGAAGAAGGUUCCGGUAAAGCGUAAGAAUAAGCUGGAGUUAACCAAGGAGCGUGAGGAUGAAUGUUUCUAUUGUGGGGAUAGCGGUCAGGUUAUCUCCUGCAAAAAGCCCGGCUGCCCAAAGGUCUAUCAUGCAGACUGCCUCAACCUCUCCAAGAGACCUGCAGGCCGAUGGGAGUGCCCCUGGCACCAGUGUGACGCGUGCGGGCAGGAGGCGGCGUCCUUCUGCGAGAUGUGCCCCAGCUCGUUCUGCGCGCAGCACCGCGACGGCAUGCUCUUCAUCUCCAAGCUGGACGGCCGGCUUUCUUGCAGCGAGCACGACCCUUGUGGGCCUGACCCACUCGAGCCCGGCGAGAUCCGGGGCGAGUACAUACCCGACCUGGCCACCGCCAGGGCCAUCUCGGCAGGACAACCAAUUCCCCUCCCACUGCCACCUGGGGCUGCCACCUCUGGCUCCGCCGCUGCCACCCUCCCCUGCCCACCCAAGAUGGGCAAGCCCGCCUUAACAUCUGCCUCCACCAAACGAUUGGUGUCCGGCCCUGGUAACAGGGCUCCCAAAGGGCCCUUUGUUUCCCCAAAAUCAGAUGGGGU